UCUUGUCCAACAUUUUUUAUUAACUUUUUGGAAAAUUGUAUUUCGCAAUUUGAAAGUUUUUUUAUGUGCAUCAGCAGUUUAAAAAGGUCCUGCUAAACAAAGACGAGAACUUUUAAUUUAAUUAUAGUGUUUGUAUUCUCAGGAAUUUCUUGUUUAACAAUUAUCAAGGAAAGGACCUAUGUUUGCAUCGACUCGCAAUGGUGAUGAUGAUCAGAAAUGUAUGCACUUAAAUGAGGUCUAAAAUUGCACUAGGCCCAAUAUUUAAGCUACCAAAAUGACUUCCAGAUAACAAACAACUUAUUUUAAGGGAAAAUCCUUUGUUUCGGGAAACAUUUUGUUAACUUAAAUGCUGGGUCUUAACUGGAGUGGCUGAUUCGACGAAAAUUAGGAAACGUUUUUGCAAGGCUACAAAAAACACAAACAAAUUACAAGUCCAAGUCCAAAGUCGAAAGUAAACAUAUUCGUUUGUCUUGUGCAAUUAGGUAUAAGUCCAUCCACUAUAAUCGCUGUUUUGCAGUCUCUCUCGUGCCUUUCUCUACCAAAUUUGUAUAUUCCUUUACAUGCACAUUGGAACUUAAUACUAACUAACUUCAAACUUCCAACUUCCAACAUCAAACUUCAAACUCGAAACUUAAUGCAUUAUUAUUGGCUGCCCACACACACAGAGAAGGGUAUAUUAAAGAAGCACGGCUACGGUCUGGUGCACGGUGAGCAGCUAAAAGAUAAAUGGGGCGAUGACAAUCAGUCGGAUAACCUCGAGCUUAUAACCCAAGACGGCACCCUGGCCUCGACGAGCGGCGGGGCGGCGGCCUCGGAGGUGGAGCGGACCCUCAAAUCGCUGAACGGCUAUCACGAGGACAUCCUGGAGGCGCUGCGCAAUGCGGCCACCCAUCGCGGCACCGGAACCGGAAACACGCCCGUCGGCAGUGGCAGCCUGAGCGAGGAGAUGCUCCGCAAGACGCUGCAGGACUGCAGCAAUUCCCAGCUGGGCUACUCCGCGGAGCAGUACAAACGGAAUAUCGGAUCGAAGUCAAGCUCGCGUGAGAAUAUCUGCGACAAUGCCGCCGUUCAUGCCAUCAUUCUCGAUGGCAGCGGAGGCGGCCUUGGUGGCAUGGGUCUGGGAUCGAGCGUGGGCGGCGGAGGCGGCGGCGGCGGCGGCGGUGGAGGAUCGGCCACCAUAUCGGGGGGUAUACCGCAUGGGAGCACACUGCUCCAUCAUCAUCGGUCGCAGCAUCAGCUGCACCAGCCGUCGACGAUACCCUUGCAGCCGCAGCAGCUGGACGAUGACGAUGCCCCGUCGACGGGACCACUGCGUAUACGCAAUCUGGAGGACCUCAUACGGCAGCUAGAGCACCACUCGUCGCGCCACAUGAGUCCCAGUGGAUCCGAGGAUAUACGCAUGUCGGAAACAGAAGCCGAUCGCCACUAUAGAUUAGAAAGUUCCGCAGCUUGUAGUGAGUCAUCUCAAGGCUCCAAUCAGCAAAUACCACAAUCUCAGAAAACCGCUACAAUUCAUGCGUCUUACAGCAGAAGCUGUCGUCCCCGUUCCGAUGAGGAGUCUCGGUUCACAUUCGGCGGCGGUGGACGCUACCGCCAGCCGGCAUCUUCUGGACGACAUGCGCCACACCAGUCCCAUUCACCGCACGCAUUCGGGCACCACACGCAUCAUUCCCAUGCCCACGGACAUGCCACGCACGGUCCGCACUCGUCGCACCACUCAUCGCACACCCAUUUGCAGCAGGACGACGAGGGCAUCUACGAAACCGCCGACCACCACGAACGCAACGUGGUUGACGCUCGGCUAGACUGCCACGAGACACCAGAUAGCGAAAGUGAUGACUUUAUUCAAGCUCAACAACAGUUAGCCCGGUGGGCGAGUGAGGAUGUGGUAUCCGUCGUGGUAUUGGACCAGCCGCCAUCCGGUACAAUGUCGGAUUCCCAACCAUACAUCGACGUCGGACCCAUUUCGGGGGCUAUAACGAACAGCGUACUCCACCACCAGCAUCCGCAUCAGCACCACGGCGAUCAUCAUCAAUCCUCCGCAGCGGCAGCGGCGGCGGCGGCGGCAGCGGCAGCGGCGACUUCGGCCAGCAAUACCAUAAUGGCUUUGCCGGUCGUCCCAAAUGGUAUAAGUGUAAGUCAGAGGGACUAUUAUCCAUCCCCACCCUCAACGGAAACGGAAAGCAGUGGAAGUGUUAUCCAGCCGCCCAUACGUCGCGCUUUGCAGUCGGCAGACACAGCGGCAAUAAGUCAACAGCAGCAGCAGCAGCAGCAGCAGCAGCAUCAGCAGCAGCUCCUUCAGCUGCCAAUUUAUCAACAGCAUCCGCAUCAGCAUCAGCAUCCGCAUCAGCAUCAGCUUCAGCAGCAAUCAGGCGAUACCAGCAGCAGCAACAACAGUCAGUCCGAACAAAUCAUCGAGAAUGGCUGCUACCCGGAAUAUAAGCAUUGAUGUUGAAUCGCCAUCAAGCAUGUUUUAACCAUCAGCAUUAGUAUUGGCAUCAGGAUUAGCAGCAGGAGCAGAAGCAGGAGCAGGAUCAGGAUCAGCAUCUGGAUCAGCAUCCGCAUCAGCAUUCACAUCAGCAUCAGCAUCUGCAUCAGCAUCUGCAUCAGCAUCUGCAUCAGCAUCAGCAUAUGCCACGCCCACUCACAUGUGCCCGGAGCCAGCGCGCAGCUAGCUUUCUCUCUAAUAAAGAAAUUUGUAUCGACCUUUAUGAUUACUUUAGCAUAGUUCAAUACGUUGCUCGUGUAUAAGCACAUAAAUAAAUUUAAGCUAAGUGUAGUUAAGUACCUUACAUAUGUAAAUGUGAAAAAAGAACUAGUUAACGUAAAUGAGGGGAGAAGCAAAACAAAGAGAAAAAACUUAACAAGCAACAAAAAAUGUGUAUUCUUAUGUGUGAGUGGUAAAUACAUAGCCAUACUUUAUUCAUAGAUUAAAACAUAAACAAUUUAUUAAGUGAGUAACAUCCCAAAUUGAUAUUCAUAGUAUUCGUGCAUACGUAUAAAGAAGAUAAAGUUAAAGCUAAAGAUAAAGAUAAUGGUAAUGAUCUAGAUAAUUAUAAUGAUUAUGAUAAUGAUUAUGAUUAUGAUUAUGAUUAUGAUAAAGAUUAACGAAAUAAAAAUAAAAAUAAAAAAUUGGGAAAUAUUUACAUAUUUUUUUGCAUACCUCGGACCAAGCAAUGCCAACGUUCGAGUAGGAAAACUUUCAGAAAAUAAACAAA